GCAGCCUGUAGAAUGUUCGGCUCACGUCUCAUGCAGUUGGAAAAUGAGCGGCCCCAAUUAUGACGAUUAGGGGCCGCUAAUUAGCCCCUUUAUAUUUUGUGUAUGUUUGCUGUAAAUUAACGCCUUUUAAUUAUUUGUGCUUAAAAAAGAUUCCCUCUGCUUUCAUGAAAUAAUUUGUGUUUCAUUGAAUCCUAGGAAAGUUUUUUUAAUUGAAUUUAUCUGAUUAUAUUUAGAUGAAAUAAAUUACGACAUAAUAUAUUUUAUUAUUGGAAUUACUGCUCAGUGAUCUUUUGGAUUAUUAUAUUCAACAAUCGAAAUCAAGAAGAAAAGUUUAUUUUUCAUACAACUUACUUUGAAAGAGGAAAGGAUAUUUUCUUCUAAAGCCGCUUGAAAUUGUUUUUACGUGGUUUUAUUUAGUAAAAAAAUAUAUAUAUAUUUUUCCAUCUCAUAGUGCAUUUAGAAUAUCCAAAAGUAUACGUUAUUUUAGUGUGAAACUAUCUUUUAGUAUAGAACAAAAUAUCUUGUGUAGUUAAAACAGCUGUUUUUGUGUUCAAAAAUGAAUACGGUGUGUCCAGGUUUUGUUCCUCAUCACGUCAAACCAAAUAGAUGCCGUAGAUGUUUCAAAGAUGUCCACGACCACGACUCCAGCAAAGAGGUUACGACCAGCUUCACUCUUCCCUUGCCACGAAGGCGAAGGGAAUCAGUGGCGGUCACCGAGACCCCAAAAGCUGAAGAACCGCCCACCACUGACCAGUCAGCUAGCUAUACCAUGCGGACAAGGCAAAGGUCUUCAUCUACUUCCAGUUGGUUUCAAGAAAAGAAGGUCAGUGAUGAACAAAAAGAGAAGAUUGAUUCGCUCUUCAGAAAUGCUGAUGAUUCCAAAGCGACAUACAGGAGCACUGACACCAACGAUGAUAAAUCUGUGGAUGCAGUUGCUGUGAUACGUUUGCCAGAAUCUCGGUUAAGAAGACGAAGUGACCGCGAUACAUUAUCAGAUAGGACUAAAAGUGAAAAUAAUGCAUCUUCAAAGUCUGCUAAUGAAACUAACUCAAAAUUUAGCUCCAAAUAUAAUCCUAGUAGAACGUCAGAUACCAAAUUAUCACUGGCAGCAAACAAUAAACUUGAUGAUAGUAAACCACCAGAAUUGCCGCCUAAAACUUCGGAAAAUCGUGUUGAUGUUCCCAAAAAGUUCGAUUAUAGGUCCUCAGAAAAGAAAGAAACUGAAACUAAAACAACUAAACCGUCUCAAAGUGAUUUAUUGACUAGGACUACUAGUUUGCGUUCGAAAUUUGAAACAGUCGAGGCCACUAAAACAGAAUCAAAAUAUGGUGCAAAUAAAUUAGGAAGUGAAAUUUUGAAUCGAUCCAGUAGUUUCAGAUCAAAACUUGAAUCAAAGACUCCUGAAACAACACCCAAAAUUGAUUCUAAAUCCGACUCUUCUAGAACUACAGCGGCCGACUCUGUAGGUCGAAGUAGUAGUUUCAGAUCAAAGUUUGAAACUCAGACUGCAGAAGCCACUAAACUUGAUUCAAAAGUUCCAGAUAAACGAUCUCUAGAAUCAAAGUUUAAUGAGAAAAAACCUGCAGAGUCUAAAUUUGGCGAGGUUAAGCUCAGAGAUACUAAAUUGAGCGAGAUUAGGAGUAGAGCUUUAAAAUUUGAAUCGGCAACAGCUGAUACUAAAGUAACAGAUAGUGUGUCUAAAUUUUCUGAUACAAAAUCUUCAAAAUUUUCAGACUUAAAAUCAAAGAGUGAUAAAUCAGAGGGAUCCAAGAUCACCGAUAACAAAGUGAAAUAUGAAAAAGAAGCAGUUUCUUCUAAAACAACAGAUAGCAAGACUGUGGAAGCUCCUAAACCAGUACUAUCUAGAUUUCCUAGUUUUGGAGCUUCGGAUACUAAACCAGCAACAAAACCAGUGGUGGUCAGUAAGAAAGUAUCCUCAUCCAGUAGUAGUGAAGAAGAAACUGAAAGCGAAAGCGAAUCAUCUGAAGAAGAACCACCACCAAAACCAAAAACCCCAGUAAUACCAAAAGAACCGGAUAAAAAGUCCGUAGCUCCUGUUAUAUCAAAAGUUGCUCCUAAAACAUUACCUGCCAAGGAAGAAAUUUCAAAAGAUCAAGUUUCAUUGAAGCAACAAAAAGAAUUUGAAAGCAAAAUCAAAGACCUUCAGGAAUUGUUAGAAAAACUUCAAAAGCAGCUAAAAUCAAAAGAAGAUACCGUUUCAAAGCUAGAAAAGGAAAAAUCUGAACUUCAGAAGAAGCAACAGACUUUGUUAGACAAAGACAAAGAGGCGCUGGAAAAGACAGCACUGGAAUUGACAAAAAUGCGGACAAAGUUAGCCGAAAUGCAAGCUUCUCAGGAUGAAGUCAAGAAUGAGAACAAAAAGCUAAAACAAGAGUCAAAAGACAGCAGCAAGGAUUUGAAGCAAUCUAAACAGGAAUUGAAAGAAGCUAAAGAUGAGUUAAAUAAAUUAAAACAAGAACUCCUAAAGAAGCAAGAAAUAGUUCCUGACAAAUCCAAAACCACUAUAGAGCAGCUUAAAGCCAAGUUAGCGCAGUCAGAGGCUUUAGGUCAGGAGUUAAUGGAAGAAAAUGAAGACAUCAAAAAGGAGGUUAGAGAUUUGGAACAAGAACUUGAAGAACUACAUGAUAAUUUCCGCGAAGAUCAAGCUUCUGAAUUCCGAGGUCUCAAAAAAGAGCUGGAGACGGCUACCAAGAACUGUAGAGUACUGCAGUUCAAGCUAAGAAAAUCAGAGAAAAAAUGCGAGCUUCUGGAAUUAGAUCGUCAUAGUUUGGAAGACAAAGUUAGAGAAUACCAAGCUGCAGUUCGUCAAGACGUGGAUAGAAGCAAGUUCAAGGAGUUGGAAAAGGAGCUUUCUUUGGCUCGUAACUUGACAUCCAGCCUCAGCAAGGAUGUUAAAGAACUGAAAGAAGCUCUUGUGAGGGCGGAAGCUGAGAACGAUGCUCUGCGUCAGACUUCUGGAGGUGGUACAAGAAGCGUCACGCCAACGUCACAGGUGAGAUAUGCUCUACUCUUACAAAAUGGAUGACGUCACUUUAUGUCU